AUGGCGACAAAUCAUACUAUGAGUAUGGGAUGGUCUUAUUCAGACUCUGGCACUGGUUACUAUCACUCUGUGGUUGGCUAUUCCAACUCUGGUACGUCUAGUAGGGGUUACUACUCUGACGGUCCGGAUUGGGCCGGAUAUGUGUCCUCUAUCUAUAGAGCAGCAAAGAAUCCGGAGUACCCCAUAAUCACUGUCAAUCUACCAGGACGAUGGAACCACUCAUCAGACAACUUCGAUGCCCAGAAAGAUUGUUACGACACGAAGGUUCUGUUCGAUUACUCCAGUACGGGACGAAGGCCUUCCACUGCAAACUUAUACGGAUGCGCCGCCAUCGCGACCUCGGCAUUUCUCGUGCAAAGUGAGAAAAUUGACACCGACUACAGCGUCAAUGAAACGAUAUCAAAGAUAAAUUUGGACUCUUUGAUGGCUUUUAAUGCCACAAAAGUCUUUGAGCAGAUUCUUGGUUGUAUCGAAAUUUCCUGCGCCGGAGGAAAUCCUCUGGGAGAGUGCGAUCCCGGCGUCGCGAAGCUAACACGGGGCCAAGUCAGAGCUGGUGAAAUGGAUGAGGUCUUGAAUUCCCUCCAGGACUUGUGUUCCGUAUUCUCAAAUGGGCCGCAAGCCGACAUUGCUGGUCCUGGUAUUGCUGUGUCCUAUUACAUACAGGUCGCAUUGAGCAUUUGGUUCUUCAUCUUCUGCGGCCUACUCCCUCAUCAGCCUGACUCCUCCACCUUUUUCGGCAUGUUGCUUGCUUUCAGGUGGUGCUUGAGGCUUUUUCGAAAGCGCUCAGAGACCGAGAUGGACAGACUGCGCUCGACCUUCGCGCACCUGCGCUCGACUCGUUUCUGCGUGGCCUUGCGUUCAACCAUGGUCGAGUUCCAAGAAACACAGGCAUUUUUCGUUAUGGCUAUUGAGGCGGCGACCUUAACCAUGGUCAUCAUGAACAAACAGUCUCUCGCCAUCCGAGUCGACGUCGGUGCUGCCAAAGUCUUUGCGAGUGCCAACACGCUGCUGGUUCUUGUCACGCAAGCCAUCAUGCAACGCAGAGGCAUGUACUGGUGGUAUACGUUCGUUCUAACAGUCAUAGUCUAUGUCCUGUGUUCCAUCAUACAGAUGCUCAAUCUUCCGACGCCAAAGCUCGUUUCGGAUCCGUCCCCUGAGUACGAGGCCUGCGGCGGGAGGCACAGCAUUCUGCAAACUUGCACGCAGGCUGAAUAUGGCAAUAACGUAUACAGCAGCUACGUUUAUGGAGUAAGCCCUGUAAUACCAAUAGUUCAAUUUUCCAUCUAUACGUCAGUCAUGCUCUUUUUGACGAUGGACCAUCUGAGCCAUGAUCCUCGUCUUAGCAAGAUGAUAGCCUCGACAUACCACGCUCGGAGAGGGCGUGAGAUUCGAAUACCAGCUUGGGUUAUCAAAACAUUCUCUUUCUUGGGAAAGAUUCUGUGGUUCAUCUUGGUUACUGUGAUAGCUUAUACAGUGCUACUCAACAUUGUUCAAGUGAAUCGCUUUGCUGGAGACGCAGUAGGUAGUAAAGAACAGUGGACUUUUGGUCAGGUUGUGGCGGUUCUGGUCUGGGCACCGGUGCUAUCCAAGUACAUCUACUAUAACAUUUUCGGCAUCGAGCUCGGCGUUGGCAAGCGGAUAGACGAUCAGUACAAGGUUGUACUCAACAAAGAGAAACCGCCAUCGACACUUUCCGGAGCACAAGGACAGUCUGAUUCUUCGAGAAACUUGGUGAAUCAAAGUAACUACAUCAGAUUAAGUAGUAUUGGGGAUGGUAAUGAAGAUCGGAGACCGGCCGGGGCGGAGACGAGGUCAUUUUCGGGAGGGGUUAAGCGCAAACCGUUGCCACCUAGAACCAACACUGAGUUGCCCAGAUGA